AUGAUCAAUGCUGGGGAAGACAAUGAGGAGCCUCUGUGCCCUCUGGGCUUCACUCCGAUAAAUGAUCAUACAUGUCCGCAAUAUAUACCUAUUGCUAUCAGAUUACGACAACAUCAGGCGGAAAAAGCAAAGGUUGAACUGCCAAGACAACUCGAAGAUCGAUACAAAUGGUUGGAAGAAAAACUUAGAGCGAUAGAGAAUGCUGAUUACCAUCGCGGGGUUGACGCCAAAUAUCUCAGCUUGGUCCCAGAUUUAGUACUCCCGCCGAAAUUCAAGACUCCAGAAUUUGAAAAACAUAAUGGGACUAGUUGUCCUGAAACUCACAUCACGAUGUUCUGCCGAAGAAUGGCAGGUUACGUUGAUAACAAUCAACUGUUAAUUCAUUGCUUUCAAGAUAGUCUGAUUGGGUCAGCUGCCAAAUGGUACAACCAACUGAGCCGUGCCAAAAUUCAUUCAUGGAAGGACUUGGCACAGGCUUUCAUAAAGCAAUAUGGCCACGUGACAGACAUGGCGCCCGAAAAAAUCACACUGCAAAAUAUGGAAAAGAGGCGAAGUGAGAACUUUAGGCAAUAA